AUGUCGCGCGUCGACCGCGACGUCGGCGCGGUGGCCGCGGCGGAGGACGACUCGGACGCGCUCGAGCGACUGCGAGCGAUUCGACGCGCGGUGCGCGAGGCGCUGGGACGCGAGGAUGACGCGGUUGACGACGCGGUUGAUGACGCGAACGACGAGGACUACGCGACGGUGUUUAAGGAUCUCGCGCUCGACGACGACGGCGUCGCGGAGACGUUCGGGGAUGACGCGGACGACGCCGCGUGCAUGGCUCGCGUGCGACGCGCGUGCGAUGCGGAUGAAGACGCGGCGGCGAUGGACGACGACGAGUUCGACCGACUGCUCGCGCGCGCCGCGGCGGAGGGCGAGGACGUGAACGCGAAGAACGCGGACGGGGACGACGCCCUGCACUUGGCCGCGUUGUACGGUCGCGUGAACCGCGCGCGUGCUCUUCUCGCGCGCGGUGCCGACGCGCUCGGUCGCGACGAGAACGGAGGGUCGGCGCUUCACGACGCGAGCGCGUCGGGGCACGUGGAAAUCGUCAGAGCGCUGUGCGAAUCGGCGAGCGCGUCGGGGAAGCUGAAAGAGCUCAUUUCAAUGGUGGACGAUGACGGAGAGACGCCCUUGCACCUGGCGGCUCGCGGCGAGCAUCGCGACGUGGUGGAGUAUUUGCUCGAGUCUGGGGCGACGAAGGACGCGCGCUCGCUCGCGGGCGAGACGCCUCAUGACGCGUGCGAAGACGCGGACGUUCGAGCGUUGUUAGAAAUCUAG